CCCUUCCACCACCACCUUCCCCAGGAUUACCAUUCGCUGACUCCCCAGCUAGAAUGCGCUUGGCAGCCCGUUUGGGCAAAGGAUGGACCAAGAUGUGCCUGGUUUCUCUCCACCAGUGGCUUAAGUAGAGACCUGGGAAGCUUGGUGGCUUGGAUCUGAUAAUAAAGAGUUGCCUGGCGACAAAGGGUGUGGGGGCCAGUGUCACCUCACAGGGACCCCCACACGCUGGCACCCCCAGGGGGAGAAGCCACCCGCAAAGGAACCCCUCGGAGCCCCGAGGUGAUGAGCCCGCCCUUCACUCCCUCAUCCCCCCUUCGCCACGUGCGAUAACAUGAGCGACCGUUUCUCCUCCUUGGGUACGAUGCUGACUGGGUGCCUGUAAGGCAAGCUAAGAGUUCCUGACAGCGCAGCUGAGCUUCACUGCCAGCGACCUGGACUUCCCCGCCCCCAGCUCGUUGGCUUGGGAUUGUCCUCCAUGAGCCCGUACGAGCGAUUCCCAUGCUCCAGCCGGGAAUGACCAGUGCCCGAGUCAAUCGCUACAGCAUCGUGUCAUCCGAAGAAGACGGGCUGAGACUGACAACCAUGCCGGGCAUCAACGGUUACGGCAACGGCAAGAUCCACACGCGCAGGAAAUGCCGGAACCGCUUCGUGAAGAAGAACGGCCAGUGCAACGUGGAGUUCACCAACAUGAGCAACAAGCCUCAGAGGUACAUCGCAGACAUCUUCACCACAUGUGUGGAUGUGCGCUGGCGUUACAUGCUGCUCAUCUUCUCCCUGGCCUUCCUGGUCUCCUGGUUGGUCUUUGGCCUGGCCUUCUGGCUCAUCGCCUUGAUACACGGGGACCUGGAGAGCCCGGCGAAGGACGACGACUUCAAGCCUUGUGUCUUGCAGGUGAAUGGCUUCAUAGCCGCCUUCCUGUUCUCCAUCGAAACCCAGACCACCAUCGGAUAUGGCUUCCGCUGCGUGACCGAGGAAUGCCCGCUGGCCAUCUUCAUGGUUGUCUUCCAGUCCAUCGUCGGGUGCAUCAUAGACUCCUUCAUGAUCGGAGCCAUCAUGGCAAAAAUGGCCAGGCCGAAGAAGCGGGCGCAGACCUUGCUGUUCAGCCACAAUGCCGUCAUCGCCAUGCGGGACGGCAAGCUGUGCCUGAUGUGGCGCGUGGGCAACCUGCGGAAAAGCCACAUCGUGGAAGCCCACGUCAGGGCCCAACUGAUCAAGCCCCGCAUCACGGAGGAAGGGGAGUACAUCCCUCUGGACCAGAUCGACAUCGACGUGGGCUUCGACAAAGGACUGGACCGUAUUUUCCUGGUCUCUCCCAUCACCAUCCUCCACGAAAUAGAUGAGGAGAGUCCGAUGUAUGGCAUUGGCAGGCAGGACCUCGAGACAGCGGACUUUGAGGUCGUGGUCAUCCUGGAGGGCAUGGUGGAGGCCACGGCCAUGACCACCCAAGCCCGCAGCUCGUACUUGGCCAGCGAGAUCCUGUGGGGUCACCGGUUCGAGCCGGUGCUCUUCGAAGAGAAGAACCAGUAUAAGGUGGACUACUCACACUUCCACAAGACCUACGAGGUGCCCUCCACCCCACGCUGCAGCGCCAAGGACCUGGUGGAAAGCAAGUUCCUCGUCCCCAGCACCAACUCCUUCUGCUACGAGAACGAGUUGGCCUUUAUGAGCCGGGACGAGGAAGAGGAGGACGAUGACAGCAGGGUCCUGGACGACCCCAGCCCGGACAGCAGCCGGCACGAGUUUGACCGGUUGCAAGCCACGAUAGCAUUGGAUCAAAGGUCUUACAGGAGGGAGUCCGAGAUAUGACCACCGGCUUACCACAGAGACCCUUCGUGAUCAAGUCCAAUGGAAGGUACGGAAUACAGAGCAUCGUGAGUGCCAAAAAAACACAAAACAAAUCGAGGAAUGUUAAAGCUUGCUUAACAUUAGACCCGACUGCAAGUGUAACACUGGGAGCAAUGCUUAAGCACUGAAGAAGAACAUUGACUUACAGUGCAGUGGGAGGACUUCAGUACUGUGCGAGUAAGGCGAGAGCUAUCACUGUUAUGCUUUUAGCGGCUCACGUUAAGACUGAUAUUAUCUUCCAGUGAAUGGGAUGUUCCUGCAGAAGGUCGCUUUGACGCCGGCACAAAGACAUGGUGAUCUUUUCAGGGCGGGCGAAGCUGUCAGCUCUUUUAAAGAGAAUUUAAGAGGCAGAGUGUAACCCGGUUGGGUUCGGAUUUUGCAAAGAGGCAUUUGCAAACUGUUCAGUCCAGAUUUAACGCUCCUUUCGUGUGUGUGUGUGUGUGUGUGCGUGUGUGUGUGCGUGCGUGCGUGUGUGU